UGAAUCUAUCGAUAUUCAUAUGUUGACAAAAAAGACUGCUGGGAUAAAAAUGUGCAACGGAGUUAUAGCUUGCAGCAUAGCAUUAAUUCUAAUCAAGGCGAUAACUAUUACUAAAUGCCACGCUGUGGCUCAUAUGCAUGAAUAAAAGGGUAUUCUAGAUUACAUGAAGAGUGUGUAACAGCUACACGGAUGCGUUUUCGACUCUAUUAAGUAGUCGAUCUGGCCAAAGACACUAGAAUAACGUAACGCCAUACGAUACUGCUGAUAGUACCCUGUUGAAGUUUUGCAUCGAAAUUGGCCAAAACUCCAAAAUGUAAAUUCGUUUCUUAGACGAAAUUGAUUUUGGACCGAAAAUCGUCGGCACACAUAUACACGUUCACGUUUCUUGCUUUUACUCACACAAGCAAGCCAAUUCUAUUUUUAGAUUAAUUACGCUCUCAAUUUCACGCGAGCGAAGAAAGGGCAAUUCUGGCCGUCACCAAAAAAGUGGCUGCAUAGUGCAAAACCAAUGUAUGACAUCUUGUAAUUUUUAUUUCCUAAGCCCAUUAAAAUAUUUUCUAAGUCUGUGUUUAGCAUUCCAUUUUUUGCCAGAAUAAUUUCUAAAGGAUGGGUAUUGAAAUUUGAUAUUUAGUUCCCUUUAUUCUUCUUCGGUUCUUAUUAACUAUUCGUUAUUUCAUUUUAUUUGAUCCCAAUCGUUGAAGUCAGUGGUACCGGCGUUAUUUAGCGCUGCCGCGAUUAACUUAAUAUGUACUCCUAGCAGCCCUAUUGUGGAACUCUAAGGUUGCUACCAAUUUGCGAAUAUGAGUAAUGUCCGUCUUUAUAAUCGGUGUCCUGUGAUCGUCCGUAAAUGUCUUCGUCAUUGUUUCCGUCUGGUUAGCGUAGUCCUCGUAAGUCGUCAUGUUCGUAGAGUACUGUAGGUAUCCGUACGACUCCCAGAUGACCAUUUCGUUGUCUUCUAUCGUAAUGUAGUACGCGUACGCAUUUACUAACAGCCGUAAGCAUAAGAACUAGGAUGUUAAUUCGUAACCUAGGAAAAUAUAAAAAGAUAUAGAACGGGGUCAGGAAUCUCGCGAAGAUGGCAAGCGUAGAUUGUCAUUGUGGACCACCCUCACCUUUAUUAAAACCGUGAUCCCCAGGUCUGUUUCAAUGGUUGCUUUCGAACAUAAUGGAGAAAGAAAAGAGUCAUCCCAGCAACGGUGAAAGCCUUGAGAUAUAUGCUAGUCGCAUGGUGACGUCACUAGUUAGCUAAUCUUUGUGGUAAGAUCGGGCACUGGUGUGCCGGGGCACGUUCAAAGAGGAAGCCAAUCAUUUCAACAACAUAUUAAGGGCAGUAUGACACCUGGUGGAGCUGGACUGCGUAAAGAAAAGAGGGCUGAGACAAGUUCGCCGUUCCGAGGUGGGAAGAUUCCAAUUAUUUUCGAUUCUGGAGCGAAUGAAUAUAGUGUAAGUGUAAUAUUUCAUGUAGUACCAGAUGAUAGUAUGUCAAAUAAUACUAGGACGAGAAAGGUUAGCUGAGGGAUACGCUGCAGUGGUGUCUUGUGAGGGAGUUGAAAUGAUUAAAUCGAUCAACUGUAAAACAAAAACUGUAAAUACGUUCUCUACACUUAUAAAUAACUAAUUUGAUACAAUUUAAAGCGAUGUUUAUGGUAAUGAUGAAAAUGAAGUAAUAACAUUGUUAGAAUUCUACACUGUUUUAUUGGUAAAGAAGAAAAAUGGAUCAGCCGGGAUUUGUGUGAACUACAGAGAAUUAAAUUCAAAUACAGUUGCCGACAAGUUUCCGUUACCGAUAAGAGCUGAACAGAUAGCCAGGUUGCGAGGCGUAAAGUUCUUUUCCUGUUAGAACAUGGCAAGCGGGUAUUACCAGGUCCCUAUGCAUCAACUUUGUUGAAUAUACGGCUUUCGUCACACCUGACGGACAGUACAAGUUUCUAUCUCAAGAAUGCACAGUCAGUCUUCCAAGGAGCAGUCAUUAAACUUAUUCGCUUAUUCGUAUGUCAUUGUGUACAUGGAUGACAAAAUAAUUGCAGCUCCACCCAAGGUAUCUGCACUUCAAAGGUUACAUUGUUUUAUAUAUUCUACGAAAGGCUGGGUUUUCAUUCAAUGCUGAAAAAUGUUUCUUCUUAAGGUCUUUUAUAGAAUAUUUAGAAUUUGCUGUGCGAGCGGGUGAGAUAAGCCCAAAUCCGCGUAAAAUAGAAUCAUUGAAUGCUUUGCCUAGAUCCUUAACAACAUUAAUACAGCUUAUAGGCUUAGCAUCGUACUUCCUAAAGUUCGCUCCUGGAUUUUCACAGCUAAUGAAGUCCCUAUAUUUUCUCACUUCAGAGUAAAAUAAGUUCAAGUCGGAAUAUAAAACAUGAGGAGAUACGAAAGAAAAUUAUUCACAUUCUUACAAAUAGGACGGUAUUGAUUAUCUUCGACCCGCAGCAUCCGAUUGAAUUUGACGCCGAUGCAAGUGCCACGAGUUGCAGCGGCUAGCUCACAGAGUUUGUAUGUUCGUCCCACCAAAUUUAUGAUUUGUGUGAUUGCCUGACCAAGGAGAAGACAGAGUUUCAGAUUAAAGUCGCUUUAUUGUAGUAUUUCACAGCUGACUCCUCCGGUGAUCGCCGUAUGCUGCGCGUCGUUUCUCCAGCGACGCCUGGCCUUCUAUGUCCUGUGUGUCCUUGACAACGGACCACGUGUCGGCUCGAAUGGGAUUAGGAUGUCAUGGGGGCCGGGUGUAUAGUCCGCGGGUUAACGCAAUGGUCGGCCUGAACCCACCAUUGCCGACCGCUGCAGUGCACUGACCCACUGUCGCUUUCAAACACGCCAAGUCCUUGUCGUCUCCUCCGAAGGACCACCUGCCGGCUGGAAUGGGUUUAGGAUGCUAUGGGGCAAUGCUCGGCCUGUGACCACUGGUAUUGCUCGUCCUUCCUUCUGCGACCUGCGCCUUUCUCACAGCUUGUCACUUUCACAGUUCGUUCUUCACUGACAUCUCCGCGCGUUCGAACUCACUGUCUCCUUCGGUCAUUCUGAAUCCGCCGUCAGACUCCGUUCCGACUGUCCGACUGUGCGGCCGCGUCCUGACCGUGCGACUUGAGCCUGCACUAUCCUUGACUAUCAUCGCGUACGUAUGGUUCCUUGCUUGUUGUGACUGACUGUCCCGAGCUGCACUUGCACCGAUCCCUUUAUAGGCCGCGGGGAUCCCGUUAUUUCCCCUUUUGCGCACGGCGGGUACAAAGUCCAACUAAUUUACCGUUAGUUUACGGUGCGUCCUCUUUGGGCGUGUUCAAAGUCCGCACCGUGACCGUUUGACCUCUGUGCCCUCGAGUCCAAGGUCCAGCGCGGUACCAUUAGUUCACAGUCUCCAAAUUUGUGGGGAGUUUUACGACUCCUCACAACGGUUGUCGAUUGCUACGUGGCUGCACAUGAGUGCUAGAGUGGUAUUUUGACAAUGUUGUUAUUUGAUAAAAAAAGAUAAUUUAUACAAGAGAGAUAUAAAAUAAUGAUUUGUUGUGAAUAUGAUAAUGAGAAUGAUUAUUUGUUAAGAUUAUAGGAAAAACGAUGGGCUAUGAACAUUUUGCUUUAAGAUGCUUUUACGAAAACUAAAAUGGUUAUUUGCAGAAGUUUAAAGUUGAAGAAUAAAUGUACUUAAAUUUGCAGAAGUUUAAAGUUGAAGAAUAAAUGUACUUAAAUUAAAAAAAAAAACUUAUAAAAGAGUUUUGAGAAUGAUUUAUGUUGAAAUUAGAUAAAUUGUAUUAAGAUGAAUAUGAAUGAAUAAGCAAUUUCUAAGAUGAUUGUUACAUCAAAUUUAGUACUAGUGGUUAAAUGUGGAGUGUAGCACAUACACGAGGUCGUGAAUUCGAAGAAUGCUAUGUUGUUUUAAAAUGGGCGCCUUAUGCAAUUGUUAGUUAGACUUAUAGAUGGGAGAGCCUGGGUUGUGUUUGAUUGAGUGUAGCCCAGUUCCCACAGUUUUUGCGUCGGGCGAGUGUAAAGAGAGACGAGAAUAACACGCCAAAAGAAUAAGAAAAAGUCAAAAAGGGUGGAUUCACUACACAAAUCUAAAGACAAUAUAAAGUUUAAAAAAAGAAGAGAAUAACAAGUCUCCGUCGUAUAUAUAGUGACAUAUCCAUAAGUCCCUAAGACUUAAGCACAUGCCUACACAGCAUUCCCAAAUACCCCCUACACUACUCCGGAUGUACCUAAUGGAUUCCAGAUAAGAAUAAUAUGAUCCUCAAGAUUGGGUUGAGUGGAAAAUUCCCAACUCCAAAUAAGUCACCCACUGGUAGACUAAACAUCCGUCCCAUAAUUUAAACAUUCCUUGCCUAAGCCCUCACCCCAUCGUCAUGUCCCCACGUUCAAAGCUCGGACUCGCAAUCCCGAAAACAAAAGUAUUCGAUUUCAAUAAACAAAACUUUAAGAAUCUAAGAGCACUUGUAUCCAAGAGCGAAUGCACUUGAAUCCAAGAGAAAUCCAAAGACAAUUAAAGUCAGCAACUCCAAAGCUCUUUCUCUUCACUUGAUCAGAUCCCUUAAGUCCAAAGUCCAUAUCAGAAAAGCUCGAUACUGAGGCUUGAACGUCAAUCAAAUCAGAAUAAUUAGAUGAGUUCAGUUUGAGACCUAAUUGUAAUCGGUCGGUGUUCUUCAACAAAAAUAAAAAGUUGUAAUCAUUCAGUGAAAUAAAAAAUAAAUAUUUUUUUAAAAAAGGGUAUUGCAAGCAUUUAAUUAUAUAUAUAUUCUUGAUAGUUCUAUGUUUUUCUCUGAAGUCAAAUUGAUGGGAUGGGAUAAUGUUGUGUGGUAUUAUGCGCGGUAGAGGGAAAUUUUCGAUAAAUUUAGACAGGCAUGAUAAUAAACUUAUUGGUUAGUAAGAUGACGGAAUCGUGUGAUCUUAAUGCUUCGGUGCCAUUAUGAUAAUAGUUUUUUUCUAUUCACUUGGGUUUAUGCCGAGACUUUCGAAUUCCCUUGAAGAGUUUGCAGAUUACCUCAAUAGCGCAGUACGGAAGUUCCAUUAUCACUUUGUAGUGUUUUUUCACCGCCUGCUAAUAGUUUUGAUUACUGGCACUCGCGUUCUUUGCCUCCCUCUUGUCCAAAGGUCUCCUGGAUGAAGCCUCUUCACUCUAAGCUUGGUCGUCGGGUUAGUCAGUUAGUUAGUCAGUGAAGGCACUAGGUGGUUGGUGUGGGCGUGAAGCCGAUUGUUGUAGUGACUUCAAUGAUGAUUGAUUUGCUAUCUAACUAUGGGGAUGUUUAGGUCGUUUGCGAUGUCAGCAUUUCUCGCGUACCAAGGCGCGUUAGUAAUUGUGCGCAACGCUCGAUUUUGGAAAAAAUUUUGGGUUUUCCUAGACGCUUCAAAUUAACCCCGAAAGUUCGAGAUAAAGGCUGUGCCGUCAGCAUACGUUGCCAGGAGGGUACCCGGUUCUUUGAGAUUUGGCAGGUAAGGGGUGUAUAAUACGGAACCCAACACACUACCCUGAGGAACGCGAGCUCGACUGCAUCUGAUGGCUGAUCAUUCCCAUGUCACGUCGAACAUGAAUUUUCGCUCUAGCAGAUAAGACUUUAAGAGAACAAAUUGCGUAGCUGGAAACCCCUCCUUUAGCUUAAAAAGCAGACCGUCGUGCCACACUCGAUCACAGGCUUCUUUUACGUCUAGAAAGAUUGGUGAGCUUUAUUGACCAUUUUCUUAGGCAUCUAGGAUAUGCUGUGCUACUCGAUGAACUUGUUCUGAACUUGUUUCCACAUUUUCGUUCGGCCUCUUCUAAAAAUUGUUAAAUGUUACCUCGAUAUAGUUUUUUCUUUAAAAGUUGGCCGUUUGGUACCAAGGGUUUCUAGGUAAGUACCAUGCCAAAAUAAAGUCGCGGGUGACGAAAGUAUACAAUGGGCUGGAAUACAAUGGGUGGAAUAAUAAUACAAUAUAUUUCAAGUGAAAAGUGAAUAGUUACAAAUAAAUUACGACAAAAAAAUUUGCGAAAAUACGCUCUAUGCGAUGUAAAAUCGCUUAUUAAAAUAGGUGUACAUUUCUACUUCAAAGCAAACUAACACAACGACAUAUAAUUACAUUUGCACUUAGGGACAACGAGAGCAGGACGAGUGUCGUCUCUCUUCGAUAUUAAACAACGCGUAUAUCUCAUUUUUAAUAAAAUAAAAUAAAUGUAUAAGUCGGUAGGUAACAGUCAACCACGCCCAACCCGAUACAAUAAAACCAAUUCAAUAAAAUCUUUUGUCUGAUAAAUUUCCACUCCCUAGAAUUGAUAAUAUUUUGGAUCACCUAGACCGAGCUAAUGACUUUUCAUGUCUAAGCUUGAUGUCAGUUUAUAACCAAAUUGAACUAAAGGAGAGUUCAAGAAAUAUAACUUUGUUUUCAACAACGGUUCAUAUCGUUUUAAACGAUUACAAUUCGGUUUAAAAAUAGCGCCCAAUUAUUUUCAAAGAAUAAUGACUAUUGCAUUUUCUGGUUUUGAGAAUUCGUCUAUUUGGAUGAUCUGAUAGUUACACGUUGUUUCGAAAAGCAUUUGAUUAAGAACUUAUCAGAGGUUUUUGACAAAUGCAGGAAUUACAAUCUAAAAUUACAUUCUUAUAAAUGUUCAUUUUUCAUGAAUGCGUGAAGUCACGUUUCUGGUUUUAGUAUAUGUGGCUCAGUACAGUUGCCAUCGCAAGAACCUCGUCCUGUCUUUUGUUUUCGACGAGGAAAAAGCGUGGAAAGGCAAUCCGAUAUCAGACGUUCAUCAUCAGACACUCUGUGAGUGCCCUAACGAAGCUAAGUGCUUCUUGUGCGCAAGCAGUGGAAGCCAAGAGACCAACCACGAAAUAGGCACCCGAAAGUGCCCAUUGGCGGGCAAAGGAGCACCAAAGGCACUGCGAUGAUGCGUCUGAUUCAGCUAAACCUGAAACCUGAAGCUGCUAGUGCAGACGGUGCGUGAACGCAGAGUGGAGCUUGCGUUACUCAGCGAGCCCUACCGGACGGCGGCUAGCCCAGACUGGGAUUUGGACCGCACCAAGAAAGCUGCGAUCUGGAGGUGCAGCAGAUGAGCCCAGCAAUUAACCGAUGUUCUUUCGGACAUCGGAUUUGUUAGGGCUAGGGUAGGCAGAUGGUUGGUGUACAGCGUAUACCUAGCUCCCAGCCUGACCUUAAUCGCAUUCAGCCGGGCACUGGUUAGACUGGCAGCGGAUGCUAGAGGCCAUAGCCUCUAGUUCUCAUAGCGGGCGACUUCGACGCAUGGUUAGAGAGCUGGGGCAGCUCAACCACCAACGCGAGAGGCAGAAUGGUGCUGGAGGCAUUCGCGACGUUGGACCUGGCUCUUCUUAACCAUGGAAACCGGCACACGUUCAGGCGCGCCGGACUGUGCUCUGUGGUGGACCUUACCUUCACUAGCGGCUCGUCGUACAGGCUAACGAGGUGGAGACUCAGCGAUGAUCACUUGGCCAUCAUCUGCGACUGGGAUGCCCUCCCUCGUCCCAAGCCCAGAUAACAGCCCAAGCCAAGCCAAGCCCAAGAUACAAUACAAGACGGACACUCUGGACACGCAGGUAUUUCGAGAGCAGUUCCUACCCACGGCGAUCAGACAAGGAGCCGAGCUGACGGCAGUGGAGCUGAUGAGGCGGCUGAACGCCGCGUGGACGCCAGCAUGCAAACGAGCAGGACGCCGACAAAGAGCCCCUGUCUACUGGUGGAACCAGGAGAUAGAGACGGCUCGUCGAGAGUGCCUCUCCGCCAGACGUCGCUAUCAACGCGCUAGAGGUGCGGAGUCCUUUGCCGAACGCCAAUCCGAGUACAGAGCCCGCAGAAAAGUUCUCAAGAUAGCCAUAAGGGAGAGCAAGCGGAAAUGCUUCCUCGACCUAUGCGAUUUUGCCGACAGCGACACAUGGGGUAGUGCCUACAAGGUGGUGGUCAAGAAGGCGUACACAAGGACUCCGAAGCUACUGGACCCAGCGAUGCUCCGCAGUGUAGCGGAACAUCUGUUCCCUCUAAUGGAUGGGUUACACCCCGCCGACCCAGCUACAGGGGACCACGUCGAAACCGACGCCACGAUCAGCAGUGAAGAGAUCCUGGAGCUGGCAAAACUGCUGAAGGACGGCAAGGCCCCCGGGUCCGACGGCAUUCCGAUCAGGGCGCUUCGGCUUGCUCUCUACCUCCAGCCAGACUCGUUUGCGAAGGCAUUCACCAAGUGCCUGACGAAGGAAGGAGUCUUCCCGAGUUGCUGGAAAAUACAAAAGCUGUUGCUCCUCUCAAAACCAGGGAAGCCACCCGAGGAGCCUUCAUCGUUCCGGCCAAUAUGCCUCAUCGAUGGAACUGGCAAGCUCCUGGAGAAACUGGUGUGCAUUCGGCUAGACAGGGCUAUCGCCGACGCGGGUGACCUCUCACGGUCCCAGUUUGGAUUCAGGAAAGCACGGUCCACCGUCGACGCUGUCAACAGAGUGGUCAAAGUAGCGGCCCAAGCAAUCGAGGGCACCAGAUGGAAGGGGGGUAGCAAAGUGUAGCAUAUUGGACUAAUCUACCCUAAAAAUACAAUAAAUGAUUGGGUAUAACUUAGCGUCAAUACAUUGUGACACUUUGUCAUAAUAAAAAUAAAUUUCAAAUAUACAAAAAGACCACCAAAAACUACGUAAGCUCUCCAGCGCCCCAGUAAUACGAUCUAACGCUUAUACAUAAGCCGAUCGCGGAGCGUGGGAAUGCUGAGCAUGCACUUUGCAGCUCAAGUGGUCAAUGCCUUCUGCAUACAUGUGUAUAUGUAUAAAUGUAAGUAAGAAUACAUAGAUAUAAGCAAUGUAUGUGCGGGUUAGCUGAACCCAACUUCAGCACACUUUGAUUAUUCAAAUAAAGAACCUCGAACAGAGCAGAA